AUGCCUCCGUUCCACGCGUUCCAAUAUGAGUGGUCAGAUGACGAUAGUGAUGUGAAUAUUGAAGACUUCAAACAGGUUCCGAAGUCGCAGAAAUGGACACAUCAGAGGGAUAUCUCAACGGAUGUCAAGGUUGUCGGUGAUGAUUUUGAUUCGAGACCAAGUACGACUCAUCACUCCCCCCAACACCGAGUUCGACGAGGACAUGAACGCGAACGAUCUCUACCUUCUAACCCAGCCAUAAACCUCUCCGAUGACGCGAGCAGAGAGCCUUCGCCCGAGGGCCACGCAGUAGAGAUCGAGAACGACCGAAAAUGGCAGCAAAACUGUCGUGGUGUUACCAACAAAGACGAAUGGCUUGAACUCAGUGAGAGUGAUCGCAACGCUACCCAGCAGAUAUAUGAAAAUGAGUCAAUUGAGCUUCCUCCUCCUGGAGGUACAACGCUGGUACAAGAGUCUCAAGCGUUGACAAGAGGAUCGUCCCUUGUGGUCGAACAAGCGCAAGAUGCUGUUGUCUCAUCUCCGAGCCCCACUGAUCAGAGCCCGCAGCGCUCUUCACCUCCGACUCACACCAGUCAAAGCCCGCAACGCUCUACUAAGUUGCGACAUGCGAUAUCACAAAGUGCUAGAGCUCGAGACCCGCGGGAUACCACCGGCUCAUCUCGUCCUGCAAGAAAACACCAAGCGAAGGAAAGGAAAAACGAGUCAUCUGAUAUGGUCGAAUCGGGUGGAUCAGUGUCCCAUGUCUAUCCAACUGAGCGCUCAGGCGUCUUCGUCUAUGAGGUGAACAUCAACGGAAUUCUGGUCAUGCGCAACCAGAGCGACUCAUGGGUGAAUGCGAGUUCAAUGCUCAGGGCUAUCGGAGUCAAGGACGGACAAAUGAGACGCAAGAUCGUGAUGAACGCUGGUGGUCCGCAACGAAUCACCAAUGGCGGUCAUUGGUUCUAUCAGGGUAGAUGGGUUCCUCUUGCGACAGCCCGUGGCUUGGCGACCAAGUAUGAUGUAAAAGACGUUCUGGCACCUUUGCUGGAUCUCCUAGAGGCACAACCACCAAGCAGUCGAGAAGCCAGACAGCCUAAUAGUGAACGUGCUGUUACUGUACCCCAAAAGUCCAUGACUACAGAAUCCGAUAACGGUGAGCUCAAGAACGAUACGUACAAAAAUGCUCAGAACUACGGCAGACUUGCUACCUGA